GGCAGACCCCUGGGGAGGCAAAGGCCUCUGGCAGUGCCUUUCACUCAAGGUGACUUGGCAUCAUGGGCUGCGCAGCAAGUCUCUCUGCAAAGUAUUUGCCCGCCCCAAAAGUGGAGGAAGGGACUUCACAGGCGAGCAGUUCAGACCCACAGGAGGCCGUGCCGCCCUUGGAACCCCUUCCCCAGGGGCCUAAGAAAUGGACGCGAACGGAGAUGGGGCAGUUUACAGAGCCUCAGUUGGUUCGAUGGUUGGAGUCCUUGAAGAUCGACCUAAGCAGCGCGAUCUCGGGGGAACAUGCGCGGAUGCGUCUCUGGGAGGAGAUCCAGAACUCUCGUCCCGAGGCACUCGAGCAGGUGACCUCUCUGGCGGACUUAGAGUAUUGGCCUCUCCCCGAGAUGUUGCGUUGGCUGGAGUAUUUUGAUGCCCUUGAUGCCAAAGUUGCACCCAAGGACAAGCUGAUCGCAAUGCUCCUGGACCACGCUGAGGAAUUGCCACCCCCCAACUUUGGAGAAGAUGCCGAGGCCACCUUUUUAACCGAGGUGCAGCGACAUGUGACCUUGGUCAAGCAGGCCGCAACGACCAUCAUUCUCCAACUUUCCGAGGUGCUCUUGGAGGCAGAGGCCCAGCGAGAGAAGCAUCCGUGGUAUGCCAAUGGGAAGGCCCUGACAGAUUUCAAAGCAUCUGAGUUGAAAGGGGCCGAGGAGAUGAACAUCCAAUUUAUCGAGCUGCAAGCUGGGGAAGAGGUGGAUAUCACAAUUCAUGAGACCAGCGGCUGGGCUUGGGUGGUGAAGGAUGAUCAGCAGGGCUGGGUCCCAGCCACUGCUGUGACGGAGCUGGCAGUGGCACUGCAGGACUAUGCUGCAGAUGAGUCCGAAAGUGUGCAAUGUAAGGAGGGUGACCAAUUCGAAGUGAUCCUCCGUCACUAUAGCGGUUGGACUCUUUGUCGUAGACCCAAAGACAGUGAGGGAACUCCUUCCAAAGAUGCUGAAGGAUGGCUCCCAGACAACUGUCUAAGUGACCACCCCAGGAACCUCGCAACGAAACAGCAACGCUUGAUACAGUCGGGACUUCAUCGAUUAGCCGCGGAUCUGAACGAAGUGGAGCGGACCUUGCUUCGGAUCCGGACGGAAGGGGCAGGAGAGGAAGAUUCCCUGCAGGCCUUGCAUGCAAAGGUUUGCGGUUUGGCAGAGGAAUAUCGGCAAAUUGUGGCCGUGCUGCAAGCCAAUCCACAGCUUCUCGGGCAGGAGGCCCAGGAAGCGACCGAUUCAGCUGCCGUGCAAGAUGAGGCCAUUGAAGGCUUGCCGGGCUUGCCGGGCUUGCCGCCUUGGGUACGCGUCGAAGCGCAGUGCUAUUACGUCUCAAAGACGCAGAAGAAACUGAUGAGUGUGACCGUCAAGAGAGUCUGCGAAGUGCGACGGCAGGUCUUGGUGACCUUCAACGCAGAUCAAAAUGCACGGAAGAUCGUGGAUUUCGAGGCUUUUGAAGACAUGUCCAACUGCCCCUUGCAACCCAAGGAAAAAUCGCACCGCAAGGGUCGCAAGCGGCACGCGAAGAACGCCAAUGCCAAUGCUGAGGCCAACUUAGCUGAAGAAUUGCGAGGUCUUAUGCAGGUACUGGGUCCGGCGGAUGACCUGUCAGCCCCGUUGUCGCAGUCCAGUGAUAGCGAGUCGUCCUACGAGUCGGACUAUACCGAGUCCACCACCUCAGGCGGCUUUGAAAGACGUGCAUCCGGACGCAGUGCUGAGCUAGGGACUGAGGGCGGUGUGCCAGACUGGUCCGUGUUGGGGCGGAGGAUACCUCGAGACGUCUACAACGCCCAAAUCCAGGAUGCAGCCAAUUUGAUUUGUGCCGAGGAUUGCAGUGCCUUCGCGUUGUCGGAGGUCUGCGCUUUGAUUGAGGAGGCCCAGAGUAGCCCCAUGAUGGACUUGCGCGCUCUGCUCUAUGUGGUGGACAAAGUCUUUAAACACGCUGAGAGGGCCAGACAAAGUAAGGACCCGGAUCCACUGGCGGAUGAGAUGCUGAAGAAUUUCUUGCCCUACCUGAAAGAGUGGAUCUACAAAUACUUGACCUGUUCUCAACGUUCUCAAGCUUCGUUGGACAAGACCCGUGGUUUAGUAAGUCGAUGGCGAGAGAUGGGAUAUCUCUCAGUGGAACAACUCUUGCCUUUGGUGGAGCUUCUAGAUGCUCCUGCCAAGCCGAGCCGCUCCAGCCAGAGUCAGAGCCAGGGAGAAACGCAGGACUCACAAUCCUCCCAGCAGUCGCAGCCGCGGACUUCUGAAGGCCCCGUCAGCCUGUCGCGGAAGCGGACGGCCAUGGAGCCCACGGAGCCCACAGUCGGGCUGCAACCCACGCGGCGUCGGGUGACGCCGGGCCUCAGCGGCGCUUCCAAAGCCGACGCCGCAGGAAUCCCAGGGGGUUCCCAAAGCUUGGAAUCCAUGGAGUCCAGGAAUCGGCCACCAAAUCCGAAUUUAUCGACACCCAACCAGAUCAACCAGAUCAACCAGAUCAAGAAUGAUUCAAACACUUCACUGCAACCAGUUCCAUUGGCCCCAGCUCCUGUUCAGAGUGCACCGAAAGAAUCGCAGCGCUUGGAGAUUUGGAAAGUGCUGGGCGAUUGCCGAUGUUUGUUCCGCGCCGUGGUGCGGUCCAGAUUUUUGGACCAAUGCAAUGAGAUCCCCCGAAGUUCCAAAGGCGAGCCAUUGGAGGAACAGAGUCGCAUCAAAGAAUGCCAAUUUGCAGAUAAACUGCGUGCCACGCUCUGCAAGCUUUUUCGACAGCGGAAAGCUGAUGUGGCGCCGCUGCUGGAAGACCCUGCGGUGAAGGUGGAAGACUACAUCCAACGGAUGGAGGAUUGGAGAACUUGGGGCGACGAGAUCUGCUUGAAAUUCCUUCCAGACAUCAUUCAGUGUCCUAUCCAGGUCUAUUCCUUCAAUGCUCAGCAAGGAAGUUUUUUCGACGCGGGGAUGUAUCUCCCCAGCGAAAAGGACAAGCAGAGGAAUCCUUGUAUUGUGCUCUGGUACAAUGGCAAGUCGCACUACGACCUGGUGUCGACGCAUUGGCUGAUGGCUCGAGAAGAGGCCUUAGUGGCGGAGACGGCUGAUGGCCCAAGGCACUCUUCCGGUGCUGAGCAAAAAGGCCAGGCGCGAGAGGGCUGCAAGGCAGAUUCAGGUAGUUCCAAGGAGCUUUCCAAGCCGCCGCUGGCACCUUUGUCGCCGGAUCGCCGUGCGGGCGCCGUCUGCCUGGUGCAGAGUGUGCUUCGAGGCUAUCUGGCCAAGGAGGGCCUGCAACUUUUGCGCUGGGAGGCCGCAGCAGAGCGACAGCAAGCAGCCCAGAGCAUUGUCGCUGUGAUGCAACGCUUCCAGGUGCAAAUGGAUGUGCUUGCUUUUGCUGCCUUGUGCCGGAGCGUUCAAAUGGUGCAAGGCGCUUUCCGCAGCCACCAGUGCCGCCUGCUGCUCUGCACCCUGGCCUCAGAGCAGACGCUGCAGCGCCAGGCCGCCGCGCUGAUGCUGCAGACCGCGCAGCGGGGACGGGCGGCGCGACGGGAGCUGGCGCGGAGACGUGCCAGGAGGGACGGCCUGUUAUUGCUGAGCCCGGGCAAACAUCGCGCCAUUCGUCAGAUCCAGCGUUGUGGCUUGCGCUACUUGGCCUGCUGCGUGCUGCGAGAAGCGGAACGCUGUCGCUGGUGCAAAGCACGGACCAUCCAGGCAAAUUGGCGUGGGCACCGCUGUCGACGACAGUGGGAAGACGAAAUGUUUAAAUGGCGGCAGAGCAGACAGCAGGC